CCCAUAAGCCUUCAGUGCGUAACAACAUGGCGGCUCCCUGUAGGCAAGUAGGACAUCAAAUCCAGAGAAAAAGCCGAUUUCUACUGAAUAACUUCGAGCAGUUAUGGAGUCACAGGUGAGAAAUAUAUUUCAGAUGUUUUACGGUAAUAUAUAACUCUGUUUAUACACAAAUAUUUGAUGUAUUUUGUUACUGCACGAGUCUUAUAGCUGCAGCUAGCAUGAUCUGACAGGAGGUCAUGGAUUCAUCAGAUUAACCCAAAGGUUCAUCAGUGAGGCACAUGUAGGCAAACUACUGUAUGGAUUUCAGCCUUUGGGUUAGAGAAACACAUCAUCGACAUGGUUUUUACAAAGAAGUUAAACGAAAGAAGGUCAGACAGUGAUCAUCUGCACAGACCAGACCUACAAACACUGAUCCAGCUGACUUGAAGCACCUGGCAGAUGAAGUUUGGCUGGUUUUGCCUCUACAAAUGUAAAAAUAAAUAAAUAAAUGAAAAAGGUAUUUGCGGGGAGAGUGGGGUAAGUUGAGCCACUGCCUGUUGCUUGGAAAUGGUAAAAGAAAUUGAUCAUGUGACCAAAUAUUUAGGAGAUGGGCAUCAAUUCAUGGAGUCUGUGAAGGUUAGAAGCAAAUGAGUGAAGGGGUUAGACAUUUAUUUACAAAAAAAACAUUGUUCACUCUUGAAAGUAAAUUUAGUCUGUCAUAAAUUUUAUUAAAAUUGUGUUCAGACCAAAAAAGAUCAUUUUAAAUUUGUUUUAUACAUCAACUGUUGUAUCUAUGAGCUGUAAUAUCAGGUCAAAAACCUAGCAUUAAAGUCCACCAUUUUAGCUUAGAGGACUAAUAAAGACAUAAUAGUAGUUCGGGGGUAAGUUGAGCCAGUCACCUAACUGAGAAAGUAAAGAAGUCUGAUGAGAGGAUCAGAGUUUCAGUUCAGAUUGUUGAAAUAUGUUACUGUUUCUUUUCAAAAAUACAGCUGUGAAUGUUCUGAAUCACUUAAAGACAUUCUCAUGUUAAAAUGGCUUUUUACAAAACAGCUUUUCAGCAGUUAUAUGCAAUAAUAAUAAAAUAAUUAUUGUAUCGAUAGAAUAGCGUAUAAAUAGAUAAAAAAUACACAUGAAUGUGAAGAAGUGACUGUUAUUUAGGGAGAGAGACGGUGAGGGAGGGCUGGGAUGGAGAGUGGGGGGGGGUUGGUAGGGAUACGGCUUAACUUACCCCGCUCCUAUGCUCAACUUACCCCAUACACGGAGUAAAUUGACCAUAGGAGACUUGCUAUAUUACCAAGACAGUUAUGUCUACACUCAUUCUGUUGGUUUGCAGGGAUGCACAACAUCUUGAAAUAUACGCAGAUACAUGAGUUGGAGACAAAACUAUGAUCGCCUUGAUGUAGUGAUCCAGAAUAUAAAAAAUGGCUCAUCUUACCCCACUGUCCCUUACAGUGCUAAACUUUUGGCUCUCCAAGCUUUCAACCGAGCAUAUAGAGCAGAAAGCUGAACAAGUUAAAGUGUGUGAAUAAUUCCCCUUAUAUCUUUUGAUACUCAUGCACCUUACCAGGUCUCUGCCAGGUUGAGCUGUUGUCUCUUCACCGAUUUCACCUGCACUGCAUAUGUUUAUUUUCAGGACUUUUGGUUGGACUUCAGCUCUGCAACAACAAGCUGCAAACACUUGUAAAGGUAAGUGUGAUGUUUGUUUUAAUACAGUGGGAGAAAACGUGAGUGUUUCAGUACUUUAAUAUUUUCAUAAAACCGUUGUAUCCAGCUAUUCAGUGAAACUUUUGUUGGUUUAUAAAAGGAAAAGUGUGUGUGUGUGCAUGUGUGUGUGUGUGUGUGUGUGUGUGUGUGUGUGUGUGUGUGUGUGUGUGUGUGUGUGUGUGUGUGUGUGUGUGUGUAAAUUAAUGCACUCAGAGUCUGCUCUUCAUAAAAUUUUAACUUUGGAUAAUAGAAUUUACGAACCAUGGAUUCCCUCAUUGUGGCAGACAUGCUGUUUGUUUUGUUUGGCCCGUGGUCUGCAUCAGAGCGUUUGGUCUGAGCGUUAUAAAUGGUAUCCACAUGCGUUAAUGUAUAUGCAUAGAACUAAAAGGGUUGACAACAGAACUAGGAACAGUACUUGGAUCUCAUUGGAUUUAAAAAUCCUGGGCAGAUGCUAACCCCUCAUGCUCCAAAUCAUCCAACAGCAAAUACAUGAAAAUCUUAUCGAUAAAGGUUUUAUUGCAUUUGUUGAUCAUUCAGAUAAUUUGUUGUAAAUGGCCAGCACUGAAAAUGUCCAGAUUCUAGGAAAACACUCCUCUGCUACCAGAUUCCACCAAGAGAAAAACCUAAAGCCAACAUGCGUUUCAAAGUGUGUCCCACAGUCUGUAUGAGAGUUAAUCUUUUCUCUUUAUAGUUGCAGAACCAACGGAGACCAUCGUCAUCCCAAAGAAGAAAACAUGGUGCGUGUUCAGUUGUGUUGUUAAAAUAGGUUUUGAUAUUUUGCGUACCACUCUUUGUUCCUUACAGUCACAGAAAACUGGAAUGAUCUUAGUUUGCCUUAACCAGAAAUAAAAACGAUGUUUUAACAGGAGUAAAGUCGCAGUGUUGGAGGCUCUGGCUGCCACCGUCAGCAGGGUGAGAGCUUCCUUCCUCUUGUCUUUAGGAUGUUAGUUUGGACGUAAACUCAGCAGAGUGGAUGUGCUACUUAUUUUUCUUCCUCUUUCCAGGAUCCAACAGCACAUCCUUACCAGUUCCAGGAUGAUCCCUACCUUACUCCAAGGACCGCCUCAGAGUUUGUAAGUCAAGAAUAAUAAAAACUAAACUGACAUCUCCUCCUCUGUUUUUUUUUUUACUAUUGUUUCUAGAUAAUAAUAUAUACAGUCAUUUGAAUCAAUGAACAUAUAGAAGGAUGAACUGUCAUAUGGUCUGUAUCUGCUAAUAAGAGUUUAAAGAAUAAAAAACUCCAUUCAAUAUUCCUGCCAGUUUGACCUGCUGAUGUUAACACACUUACACCUUUGACUCUUCCAGGCUGCGGUAGGACUUUUGUUUUUUGUAGUUCAAACAAAUGUUAUCGUUUAAUUUGACACCAUUUAUUUUGUGAUCCAACUGAUUUUGAUCUGGAUCUGUGUUACUGAAGUGAUGCAUCUCACAAAUUAUCAUCUCUAAUAAGACUGAUUUUUACUUCAUAUAACUUCAGAUUACUCUCUGGAAAAAUGUGUUUUUUCCCGUACUUUUAAAGAAAAAGGAAAUAGAUCCGUGAUAGCUUUGGUCUGCCUUUUUAACUGCAAAUAUCUCAUCAUAGAAGUAAAGUUGUAUGUUCAAUUGUUUAAAAUAGGUAUGGCUGUGUCCUGUAGAUGUUUGCCAGUUCUUUACAUUAAUGUUAUUUCUCUAGUUUGUAGUUUUCUUUUAAAACACACAAUGGAGUGAGAAGGAGCAUCCCUUUCAGUAGAAUCAGAGUUGAAACUUUAUUUUUAAAGUAGUUAGAGAUAAUGUUUUUCUCCCCCCUACUUUUCUAAAACCAACUUAGUAGUUAAACUUGAAUUGUUGUUUUAUCAACCAAUAUAUUUAUUCAACAUUAGAGCACUCAUGAGAUGAAUUUCAGAUGUGGUCAGGCAUAGUUUAAAAAGCAGAGCUAGUAAAGCUGUCCUGAUGUGUAGACAUCAUGGGUCAGAAACGUCAGUAUUCGCCGCUGUGAUAAUAGGAAAGUAACCUCUGUUCCACUGUGAGGUAUUUUCAGACUGAAGUUUUUUCUCUCUCUCUUUCUACAGAGGCUGUACUCUCUCUCUCAGGAGUCCGGCAGAUCUGCAGCAAAAUAUUUUGUCAACAGUAAUCCCAAGUUCUUUACCAAAGACUUUGCAGAGCCUCAUAUACCGGUACACACACACACACACACACACACACACACACACACACACACACACACACACACACACACACACACACACACACCUGCUCUUUGUGAGCAUGAACAGUUUAUUCCAGGGAAGUGGGUUAGAAAUUUUGGCCAUAAACUUGUAUCAACCAACAUUUGGAUUUGCUGUCCAUGUUUUGUUUUGAUGUAUUUUGGUUUUGGUUUGUGUUUAGUGUCUGAUGCCUGAGACUGUGUCCCUUUGUCUGGAGGAAACGAGUGAGGAAGCUCUGAAAGAACGAAUCAAGUUGAGGAAAGUGAAAGCUGCUGUCGACAUGUAUGAUCAACUCCUGCAAGCUGGUGAGAGCAGACACAAAAACAUGUGCAAACUGUUCAUAACUAAUGACUCAGGAUAAAAGCAAACUGCUGCAAAAUAGACUGAGUCUCUCCUAUUGAAUUCCUACAGGCACAUCAGUUACCAUGGAAACAACCCAUGAUCUGUUGGACCUGAUCUGUCUCUAUUGUGAUCAAGAUCCUGUCGAUGACCAAGAAACACAGACAGAGGACAUAGUAAGUCACAUGAUAAUGCGACAACAAGUAUUAGAGAUAGACUGAUCAAUCAGUCCACCAAUUAAUCAGGUCCAUGAACGGCAUUUUGACAUAAUGAGCAUCAAAUGAUCAAAGGCUGAUAUCAUCAUUCCAAUUAAAAGGUGUUUUUGUCGUCUUAUUAACAGUUUAUCAGAUGUAAAUCAGUCACUGGCUAGUAGUUUAAUCUGAAUCUGGUUAUCAUGUGUAGAAUAUCAAUCUCUGAUCGUUGGACAGAAAUCAAGAAGAACCUUGUAGGUAUAUUUUUCUGAGCCAAAUAUUAUUCCAUCAGCAUUCCUCUGAUAAAAUAUUCUCUCCACUUAAGAAAUUUUGUGAUUAAUUUGCUGGUAUUUAUGAAUAGUUGUAUUUUGUCAAAUACAGUAAUGAUAAUUCUAAAAAUAUAUAUAUAUAAUAAUCAUGAUGAGAAUGAGGACACAAAAUGAUAAUGAUAAAAAUAAUGAUGAAAUAAUAGUGACAAUAAUAACAAUAAGUGGACCUGCUCGCUUAUAAUGGGUAUCAGCAUUGGCCAUUGUAAAACCCUAAUGUUUAUCUUUGUGCACCUUUUUCAGGAGGGGGCGGCUGAGGAGGUGACGAAGAUAAAAGGCAGGGUUCGUCGGGCGACGGACCUUCUGAGAUCAACCUGGAAAGAAAACAACAAUGCAGAGAGAAUCUUCAACCUCCUCCCUGAGAGAGACACACGGUGUUACUCUGCUCUGAUCAGGGGCAUGGUGAAGGUAUGAAUGAUGAUGAUAAUGACCGAUGCAGCACAUUAACUUGAUCUGAGAACCAUCGUCAUGAUGAAAUGGUACAAAUAGUUGCACGUUUUUUUGUUUGUGUCUCCAGCAUGGAGCCUUUGCAAGGGCCUUUAGUGUGUACACAGACAUGCUGAACGACAGAUUAACAGGUAAGUUAAAAAAGAUGAUUGGAAGAGAGAAAACCUUAUUGGAUGGUUAAAUUUAUUUAUUUAAUAUCAGCCAUAAAGUUUAACUCAGUUCAAUACAGAGCAUGAAAAUAAUGCAUUGCAGAUGGUAUGUAGCUUUAACUAAUGUUCAACUCUUGUCUCUUAUUACUGUCUUUAAUUAUCUUAGAUUUUGAAAUACUUUUCUUUCCCUUGUUGAAAUGCUUCUUAAUACAGUUCAGUUUGUAGGUGAUUUGAAUAUACUCUAAAAUAAUUCAACACCUUUUUUAAUCUUAAAAACAAAAUGUAACUCUCAGACUGAGCUUUUAAAUACAUUUGAGUUUAUCUCCAAAAACAUUUAAGUGUGUUCAGCUAAAAUGAGUGUGGUGUUUGCUGACAUUUAUAUUGCCUCAGAUGAAGUAAUACUAUGGCAGUACCACUAGAGGACGAUAGAGAACUACAUUUUUAACCCUCAGAGAGCAUCGCUUUGCAUUUGACCAUCAGAAAACCAUCCAUCUGUAUAAACCAUGUUUAAAUAAGAGAAUAGUUCAAAAAGAUCAGACGUUGAUUACAAAGGGGUUUCUUGCAUAAAAAUACAAGAUGAUAAAAUAUGAGUUUUAUGGUCCAUUAAGAAUACUGUAAACACGAUUACGAUGAUCAGUGAUCAGUGAUAUCAGAAGCCCUUACAGCCCAAUAUUGAAUUUGAAAAGUAAUAAUGCAGACACUAACAAAAAGUUUUAUAUAUGUAUGUAUAUAAUAGUGUAGUUUUAGUUCAGUAAAGAAUAUCUUAUCUCGAGCACAUGAGGGAAAUUUCAGAGUGUGUCAUGUAAUGACUAACCAGCCCAUCUUCUCUCUGUAGCUGAUGUCCACAUCUUCAACGCCCUGAUCUCAGCAGCUCCAGAGAUCAAGGACAAAUAUCACGAGAGAUGGGAUGUAAUCACAGUAAGCCUUCUGACUUUCUUUAUCAUGAUUUUCAUCAGUUCUGAGGAGCGCGUGGCUGAUUUUGUUGUGAAGAAAACUUAGUAACACUCAUCAAUAUUUAUUUAAUGCGAUAUAUUCUAACUUCAGGAAGUCAAACUUCAGGUGCUUUAAAUAAGCCUGAUUGUGUUGAGUAAAAAAGUAAAAACACAUUUCUGUAAUUCCUCGUGGCAAGAAUAAAUACAGUGUGGUGUUGCCUCUGAUAGAAAUAUCAGUCAUACCCUGACAUCCCUACUUUAUAAUCUAUAACAUAACACAAUGUGUUUAUCUUAUUUCACCUUUACAUUCAGAAUUCAUCUAUAGCAUGUUACUGGCUUAGAUAGCCCUGUAUGUCCUAUUUUUUAUAUAUUCUUUUCUUUUUCUGCAUUUUAAACAUUAUAUUUAAUUUGUUUAUUUCCCUUUUUUAAUAAUUGAAGAUGGCAGGAUAGAAACCCAAAAGUCCCAUGUGGAAAUAUUUGACUGAGCCAAACAGUUUUCCAUCUGGUUUAUUUAUUGAAAUCUCCACUGAAGGUCUGCACUUUUUUCUUUCAAAAACAAACAUACACAAACACUGAGAUAGCAGCAUUAUAGAUCAGCCAUCAGUCUGGAUGUGGACACUGGUCAUUAAAAAAGCUUCAAGCAGUCCAACGCUACUUUGUCCUAUAAACACAAAUGUAAAUGACAUGUUCAAAGUUCUUAUUAAAAACCGUUUUUUGAAUUCAUGUAAACACUCUGAAUGUCAUUUAUUUCCAUAAUGAUCUGUAAGAGCUGCAUCAAAGCUCAUUAAUGGGCUUAAAUUUGCCUUUUGUUUCUAAGAGACUGUGUCUGUCCUCGGUCCCUCUUCUGCAGGAUCUCCUGAAGCAGAUGAGUCAACAAAAAGUCCCACCCAACCUGCUGACCUUCAACAGAAUCCUCAAAGCUCUGAGACGAUGUGGCUCUUUGGCCAGAGCUCACUCAUUAUACACUCUGAGUGAGAUGAAGGCUUUAGGAAUAGGUAAGACACACAGACAUUGUCAAACACAGGCACAACCUCAGUGCCCUCAGCAAGAUUUCAGUCAGUGCCCCGUCGACUGGACCCGGUUCCACGCCUAUCACAAUUUUAUUUGCCUUUGGAAAAGUGGCACAUGAUUUAUCGGUUUUCAGUAUUUUAUACAGAAAAAAUACCUCUAGAAAACAUAACUACAGCUGCAUCUACACUAAAACACCAAUGUUAGAUUAAAUACAAUUACAAAAUCAACAAUGUAAUAGAACAUAGGAACAUAGAACAUACGAAACCUGAUGCAGUAUCUGAGGGGGGCAGAAGUGGUUCUAGGCUGUCAGGGAUUACAGGAGAUGAAUUCAGAGUUUUCAAAAGGUGCAUCUGUAGACAGGAGAUGAUCAUCUGUGAAAGAAUGGGAACUUUACAAUAGAGACCAAUGUGAUCUUAAUAUUCAGCUAUUGAACUACUGAACUUGUAAAGACUGCUAAAGAUAAAUUUGUGUCACUACAGGAAUAGUUGAAAACUUAAUUCCAGGAAUAAGACGUCGUAUUUUCAGUCUAGAAACCUCAGCCUGGUUUUAUCCGCUUAACCCAAGCAUGUUUCUAACAGCUGCACCAUUCACACAUUUAUUAGGCUGAGCCAGGACUUUAUGAAUACUCUAAAAGGAAGGGCUCGAAACCGUCUUUUGCGACCAUCCAUGUACAGUAAACUUUUUAAACAGACUUGUGUGUUUGCUAACUAAGUAAAGAAAGACGCCAAUGAAACUGUAUGUAGAUCUUCUGUCUCACAGCCUACUGUACUUCACAGAAGACCAUGUGAGGCCUGUUUCUUACUCUGAUUAAUUUCCUAACACAUAAAUCAUCUGUAGCUAGUGAAAAUACAGCAGGAAUUACUGACGCUGACUCAAGUGAUUGGUUGGAGAAAGGAUAACAUGGAUGUGACUGUCAUCCAUCCAUCCAUAAAACAGCUGACGGAUGAAGAACUGAUUCUGGCUGCAUCUUAUCUGCCUUUUCUGUUUUUUUAGGGUCUUUCUGUGUCGUCCUUUCUCUUAUUCCCUACACUUCCAAAAGCUUUUAACCCUUUUAACACAACACAUUCAUUCAUACACAUAAUUCAUCAACACAGUCAGUGAGGCCUCUGAUGACUCUUCCGCCGGUGUAUAAGUUUGAGAAAUGGCGAAAGUCUUUGGUCUAAAAUCAGCUCUGUGUCUGUGUGUCUUCAGCUCCCAGCUUGGCCUCCUACUAUCACGUCAUGUCAAUCGCCUGCCACGGAGGUAAUCAGAGUUUUGUUGUCAUAUCACACUUGAUCAAGGGUCAGGUUUGGUACUGCUGUCUGUGUGCUGAGCUGUGGUUAAGUGGUUAUGUUUCUUUUCCAGCAUCUAGCCAGGCCACCAAUGACAUUUUCCAGGUUAUCAUGACAACGCUAGAAGGAACCAGCUUCACCUGCCAAGACCCUGAUGACUGUAUGUUUACGUUUUCCUCUAUUACAUUUUAACUGACACAACAGUCGGCCUAGAUAAUCUAUAUACAUGUUUUUAGAUUAUAUAUAGUCUUCUAGAGCUGUGUAAAUGUGACAUCAACUGUAUGUUUUCUGAUAUGAAGACUGAUUUGUACAGAGCAUAAAACAAUGUGUGGUUGGCCCAACGAUGUUUUCAUCAUGUAGUUUGAAAAGAGGAGCACACGGGGCGUGCAGAUGGUCCGAGCAGGUUUGCACGCCCCGUGUAUGGGGACCAUGGUCCCAGCAGCUGUCGGGGUUUCCAGUCCGGCCCCGACCCUGUACUGCAUGUCCUGCCCCCUCUCUCUCUGUCUUCCCACAUUUCACCCUGUCCUAUCUAUAAACGGCAAAAAUUGCCCAAAGAAAUUCUUUAAAAAAAAAAAGAAAAAGGAGCACAUUUCAACUCAAUAGAGAAGAAAACUUUAAUUCUUAAAUUAGAAAGCAUCUUUUGGAGAACCUUUGAUAGUUUUAUUGGAGAAACACAUUGAAAAUUAACUGUAUUACCUGUCAUAUCAAUGGAUACCUCUGUACAGUACACGUCCAUUUCAGACACAUUGCGUUGGUUCAGCUCUGUUGUGUGUAGUUCAUAUUAGUAUUCCAAACUGUGCAUCAGCUCCUGUUGUUUAAAACUGGUAUUAGACAGAGAUACAGUUAACACUCCUGACUGAGGGUUAUAUCCACUAAGAUGUGACUCCCAUCUCUGUUUUUUUUUCAGCUUUGUUCUUCGUGAGUGCCAUGAGAAUAGUAAGUGUUAUUUUUCUUGAUAUUUAUUGAAAACAUGUUUCCUCCUGUGGAAUAAUUAUAAUAAUCACUUCAUUCUGACUUUUUUUGUUGAGGUCUGUUUUCUAUUGAGGACUUUUAAAAGUUUUUUUUGUUUGUUUGUUUGUUUUUUUUUGCCUACUGUAGACGUCUACAUCUAGUUUUACAUAAGCAUGUUCCAGUAAAUCAAACAAGCUCGAUAUCUUUUUCUCGCUCUCUGCCUCCAACAGUGUUUCGAUCUCAAAGAUCUGCAGAUGGCUUUCAAAGUCCACAGUCUGCUGGAAGUGGGUGAAAACUGGAGAUUUUUGAGAGAUUCUUACCAGCAUAAUUUGUACUAGUAAGUACAGACAACCAUGUAGUUAAAUCCAUGUUAAAGUAUUUGCUAAUGAACCUCAUCUUGGCCUGACCGUUGAAGUCUAUGGAUAAGUUCCAGGUGAUGAUGAAGUCCCACAUGUUCAUUCUUCCUAACAGGGGUUUUUUGCUUUCUUUUCUAGUGGUCGUUUCUUCAAUCUGCUGUGUUUGAUGGAGCACAUUGACACAGUACUGGAGUGGCACAGGCGCCUCUCUCCCUCGGUCAGUGCACCUCUCGCUCACUCACUCAUCCCUCUCACCAUCCCUCUCCUGCUCUUUCAUAUAAUGCCUCAUAUGAUAAGUCAAUAAAAAAGCAGCUUUGCUGGUAUCUCACCAUCCACUUCUAUGAAAGCACUGACAGACAUUGUAGGAAAGUAAAGGGUAUACUUAUAGACUGUAUGCAGGCCCAAUUCCACAAAGCUAGGAUGCAAUGUAAAGUGUCAGCCCUCUGACUCCUCUACCCUGGAGUUGUCCUGUUGUUUUCUGUGCAGCACCUGGUUUGAGAAGUUCUUGCUGUAUUAUGGCAGCUUUUACAAAAAAAAAUAAGUCAUCGUCUGGAUCAAGUUGCUCCAGACCUGUAUUGAAUCUGUAUUGAACAACAUUAAUGGUGCUUCUCAGAUGUAAAGGCUUUCCAAGACAAAAACAUGUAGUAUCCCUACACCAUCAGGGAUGCUGGCGUUUGCCCUGUGCUCCUAUAAAAAAGACAGUUUGGAGCCUCUCCUCUUUAGAGCACAGAAAACAGCCUCCAUGAUUCCUAAAAAGAAAGUCAGAUUUUUAAUCUUUUUUUUUACCUCCUGUGUUUUCCAACCCCAAAAGUCCUGUUUUUCAUAUAACUGUAAAAUUUUUACUUACUAACCAACUAACUCGCUCACUUGCUUACUUACUUGGUGAAUUACUUCCUAUCAUACUUGAGUCAGAAAUGACUCUUUCUUUGUACAAGAUCGUAGAGACAGAGUGGAGCACAUUGCCAUGUUAGCUUGAUUUAGUAUAAAGUUUGGCAUCUACAGUUCAGAGUACUUUUGAAAAAGGCUGCUUGCUUUGGCUGAUGAACAAAGUGUACUUAAACAUGAACAGCUUACUCCUCAAUCAAUGCAUUUUUCUGGGGGACUAUUAUCUUGAGUGUACCCUGCUUUAGAGUUUCAUUUCCUCUAAAUGGGACCAUGAUUUGCUGAUUAAACAUACUGCUGUUUCCGAGAAAACUUGAAGCUACAGGCUGAGACCAGGAUCUCCUAAGUCUCCAGCAUAAGUGCAAUACUAUAUAUAUAUAUAUAUUGUUUUUCUCUCAUAAAGAGAGUGUAAAAUUUAAACCAGCCCUCUCUAUAAAUGACCUCUUUUCUGUGUGGUUUCAUUCUGUGUUUGCAGCUGUAUUACCCUAACAGUCAGAACCUGAGUAGCAUACUGCAGGCUCUGGACACUGACUGUCGUCUGGACUUGCUGCCUGCUGUAUGGAAAGGUAAGUUUAUGGAGGGUGUGACAGCCAGAGGAAUCUGAUAUGACUCAGUGCAUGCCUUGAGUAGUCCAUCACUAAGAGAAUCGUACUCCUCCUGAGAGCCAGAACAGCUCUGAGAACAAAUCAAUAAGAGUGAGCUCUGUCGAGUUUGAAAUGAUUACACUGGGGAAGAAUCAGAGCAAUUUUUCCACAGAAAUGCUGUGACUCUAAAGGACAAAUCCACAAAGAAGAUCUUGGGAGAUGACCCCAGUGUUGGUCAUGGUAGUAGUAAACAGUAUAAACUUAAACCUGUCUGCUGUAGCUUGUGUAAAUCUUUGCUCAUACAUUAUAAAUAAGGGUUAAGAGGCCGUCCUAUUAAAAAGCAGAGUGCACAUAAGGUGUACCUGUCGUACAUCAGUGUGGGCAUCCAAGUUCUAACCCCCACUUACAUCCCAAUGUCAUGAUUAUUAUGGAUGAAUUAUCAAAAGACUCAUUACAAAUGUUGAUGGAGAGCCUAAGAGUGUUGUACUCUUCCUGUGUUUUUCAGAUAUCUACACUCUGGGACAUGAUAACAAAGCUGACCUUGUAGAGGAGUUGCUUGCCCUGAUGGCCAGAGACACACACAGUCCUGAGGUCAGUGGAAGUGGACAGGAUGUACUCUCACAAGCCGGGAUGAUCUUUGUGAUUUUUCAGCUAUAUGGAGAUAGUACAGCACAAAGCGAGAUCAUGUGUUUGUGUGUCUGCAGGUUCAGGAGUCUUUUGCAGAGUGUGCUCUGGAUGUAAAAAAUGUAAUUGACAGAGUCGGAAGAAGGCCCAGCCUGGAGUGGAACCCCGCCUCACUCUCACACAUCACUACUUUGCUUCUGCGAGCUGGCAAGAUUCAACAGGCCUGGUAGGAGAGACAGUCUGUGUGUCUGCUGAUCUGUGUACAGGAGAGCUUUUACUGGAGUCUGACUCCACUGACGCUCACUAGUGCCAACUGACACUUAAGUGAAGUGCAUCUGAUUUCUGCUCUCUGUUAUCCUCUACAGGGAGAUGCUGCAGCUCUUCAAAUCCAAUAACAGAGUCCCAGCGUAAGUGGGCCCAAAUCACAAACACAAGAAACUGAUUAGUAUUGUGGUAUAAGACGAUAUGCCGAUGACAUUGAAAGUCUCAGAGUGGACACAGAGCUCUUCUUUAGAGCUUCUGAAAACAAACUGCACAUGCCACCUGGAGGAACUUCUCUAUGACCUAGAUCCUCAAACUUGUUAUUACUGGUAGUAAAAGGGAAAUUAUUGGCACCAAUUUCUCCAGCCUGUCAAGACAGGAGACUUCAACACACCAAAAUAUAGUUAACAUGUUAACAAAAAAAAACAGUUUCAGUUCCUCUUAAAGUUACAGCUCUGAAGAUAAAGGAGGUGAGCACACCUUAUAUUAAUGCAGCAGAGGAUAAGUGUGUGUUUUCUGUUGUCUUGUUUCACAGUCAGGGGCUUUUGGAGGAGUUCCUGUCUGUGUGUCACAGUAAGGGCUCCACACAGAUGGCAGUGGAGCUGGUUCAGACGUCUGCUACCUUCUGUCUGUCUGCAACAUCAACACUGGCAAAGAGGACACUGGCUGAGUUUGAUCUGACAGAGGAGCAAAGGUUAGGACCUGAUAAUAGUCAUAAUAACUUAAAAAAAAAAUGUACAAAGUGCUUCGAUGGACAAAGCAGAAUAAAUGAUAUGACAGCAGGGGGGAUGCAUAAACAUACUGUAUAUAUGUAUAUAUUUAUAUUCAUAUGCAGUGGAUAUAAAAAGUCUACAAACCCCUGUUCAACUGCCAGGUUUUAGCGAUGUAAGAAAAUGACAGCUAGAUAAAUAUUUUCACAACUUUUUCCACCUUUAAUGUGACCUAUAACCCGUACAAUGCAAUUGAAAAACAAACUGAAACCUUUAAGGGGAAAAAUAAAAAAUAGAAAAAUUAAAGUAACCUGGUUGCAUAAAUAUGCACACCCUUAAACUAAUACUUUGUUGCAGCACCUUUGGCUUUUAUUACAGCACUCAGUCUUUUUGGGUAGGAGCCUGUCAGUGUGGCAUAUCUUGAUGUGGCAAUAUUUGCCCACUUUUUUUUUGCAAAACCGCUCCAAAUCUGACAGAUUGCGAGGGCAUCUCCUGUGCUCAGCCCUCUUCAGAUCACCCCGCAAAUGUUCGAUGGGAUUCAGGUCUGGGCUCUGGCUGGGCCAUUCCAAAGUCUCAAUCUUAUUCCAGUGAAGCCAUUCUUUUGUUGAUUUAGAUGUGUGCUUUGGGUCAUUGUCGUGCUGAAAGAUGAAGUUCCUCUUCAUCUUCAGCUUUCUAGCAGAAGGCCCAAGAUUUUGUGCCAACACUGACUGGUAUUUGGAACUGUUCAUAAUUCCCUUUCCCCUGACUAAGGCACCAGUUCCAGCUAAAGAAAAACAGCCCCAAAGCAUGAUGCUGCCACAACCAUGCUUCACUGUAGGUAUGGUGUUCUUUUGGUGAUGAGCAGUGUUGAUUUUGCGCCUGAUAUACCUUUUGCAAUGAUGCCCAAAAAGUUCUACUUUGGUUUCAUCAGACCAUAACACAUUUUCCCACAUGUGUUUGGGAGAUUUUAGAUUUCUUUUUGCAAAAUUAAGCCGGGCUUUGAUGUUUUUCUUUUUAAGAUAAGGCUUCCAUCUUGCCACCCUACCCUUGUUUGUCACAUGUUCUACACAGCCAGUACUUACCAGAAAUUCCUGCAGUUCCUUCAGUGUUGCUGUCGGCCUCUUGGUAGUAUAGUAGUAGUAGUAGUAGUAGUAGGUAGUAUAGCCUCCCUGACAAGUUUUCUUCUCGUCUUGUCAUCAAUUUUGGACGGACGUCCUGUUCUUGGUAAUGUCAUCAUUGGGCCAUAUUUUCUCCACUUAAUAAUGAUGGUCUUCACUGUGUUCCGUGGUAGAACAGCUGAAUUUUAUUUGCGGUUGAUCAGAGACACUUUAAUUGUUGACAGGUGUGUGCUGACUUCAGUUUAACCUGAGUUUAAAUGUUAUUGGUUAAAUCUGAACGCAGCCACAUACCCAGUUAUUAAAGAGUGUGCACACUUAUGCAACCACAUGAUCUCAGUUGUUUAUUUUUACUUCAGCUCCCUAAAAAAAUUCUGUUUGUUUUUCAAUUGUGUUGUACAGGUUAUAGGUCACAUUAAAGGUUGCAAAAUUAUUUAUCUUGAUUUAAUUUUUUUACAUGACAAAAACCUGGCAGUUGAACAGGGGUGUGUAGACUUUCUAUAUCCACUGUAUGUAAAUCAUGUCAUUAUAGAAAUACAAACCCUGAUUCCAGUAAGGUUUGGACGUUUGUGUAAAAUGUGUAAAAACAAAACAAUGAUUUUCCUUUGUGCAAAGGAAAAAAAUAAACACUUUUAAAAGGGUAGGAAGAGUUGUAACAUUUGAGGAGCACUGAAGUUUCCCAGAAAAAGAUGAAGGAAGAAAGGGAAAAAAAGGGGCAUUACAUCAGAAUAAAAACAGAUUAAAAAGAUGAAAGGUAGAUACAAUUAAACUAACCAAAAUUUAUAUGAAUAAAUAAAUGAAAUCAAGGAGAGGACUUCUUGAUCUCAUCUCAAAGUUAUGAAAGAAAAAUUGUAGAUAAAAUCAAGUAAAAAGUUAAAAAUGGUUUCAAAGUGAGUUUUCAGAAGUGAUUGAGAAGAUGUGAAUGAUUCUGCACACCUUAUCUCCCAAAGGAGGUCCUUUUAAAGUCCUAAUCUCCUCCAGAGGGACCUCCAAAGUCCUUUUCUGUUCAGGAGGAGGUUAUUGUUGUCAUUAACCCUGUCUUGUUUAGCAUGAGCUCUUGGUCAGUGUGAAGAUUUCAAACACAAAACUUGACCAAUCAAACGACCCCAUCAAAGCUCCAUUCACUUCAGAGGGAAAUGUUUAAAUUUUGGAGGACUUAGCUGGUAAAGCUUCAGAGAGGAACUAUUGUGAGGGUAAAUUUUUGUACCCUGCUCUUUGUGAACAAUGAAAUGUAUUACUUCUUUGAAAAUCUUCAAGCUGUAUCAGCAGUGAGCAUGUUAAUCAUCAGUACUGACAAUUUCCCCAACAACAGUUUGAAGUGUUACAAACUAGAGUGUAGUUGCCAUCAGUUCUUAUGUUUAUGGGCUUGUUUGCUUUUGUAGGAUAUAUAAAGGCAUCUCUAUGAAUUUCAGUCUGUUUCAAAGCCAACGAAAAACUCCUCCCAGGAGCUUUUAACCUUUCUUCACCGGGCAAUUUCAGCAUACAACACAAACCCUUCAGAGCAGAGCUGAGGUGCUGUGGCUUCUGAAUAUAGCAGAUCUAGGGGCACCAUUAUCCCAGCAGUAUCUGCUGUACAGUCUGAGGCAGGUAACAGUACCUGCAAACCUUUAAUCAGGCCAGGGUUUGUUUCCUUAGUGAAAUCAUAACCACAGAAUUUUCCCUGAAAACAUCUCCAUCUUAUUUAUUCAUUUCCUGCCCAAAACAAGCUUUCUUGUGUUUUUGUUUUUAUUUUGCACCACAUGUCAGUGAUUGUUAAUGGAGACAUGGCUCCUUGCCCCUAAUGAACCUGGGAAGUUUCUUCCUUAAAAUGUCAGUUCUUAAAAUCCCAUUUCCUUUUCUGAUCAUGACUAACCAAUUGUCUGAAAUCUCUCUCACAUCAAGUCAGCCUCAAAUCCUUGGUGCCUUUUUUAAACAUUGUGUGAAGCUCUGAGGCUCUCUUCAGGUCGAGAGUCUAAUCUGUGUUAGUGACAGGUUAGAAGUUUUCAUUCUGAACUUGACAGGACCUAAGAACAAACAGCAGUUCCGCGUAGUCUGAGAAAAGGUUCUGGUAGAGUUCAGUCUCAAUAUUAUGUGACAUUUGUCGUCUUUACUGUGCUGUCUUUUUGAGAAACCUUUUUUUUUGUCUAUUCAGAGCCACAUUAUCUGACCUAGAGUCAGCAGGAGAGUCGUUCGAGUGAUGGAGAAACCAGUGGGUGAACCAAGAAGACACAAAUCCACUUAUAAAUAAUCCUACAAGAUACCGUCACAGACAUUGAAGUGUAUCUGUGUGAUAAACCUGUUUGUCUCAAAUAAAAUAGAUCAAAUCUGCACCUCUGCUGAAUAUCCUGUGUUGUCUGUAAGCUAGAGGGUGCUGUCUCUCUCUCUCUCUCUCUCUCUCUCUGUAUUCUGAGAACAACCACUUAAAGAUCAGACAAUACAUGAGAAGUGUUGUAGUUUUAUUUCAAUUUUAAGGACUACACAUUUCUUAUUACACCAGGCUGUUUUUGCCUGAAUGAAGAAACAAAACUAAUGAAAAAAGAAACCCAAAUAAAUACCAUUUUAAAAUCCAUAAAAACCUGACCCUGGCAGCAUGAAUACAUAUUUACCAUUGAAACUAUAGAGAUCUUUGUGAUCACACUGUAAAGUGUGUGGCAAAUUUCUGCUGGCAACAACUGUCCAGUUUCCUCAAAUUACUGAUAAAGCACUUCCUGCGUGUGUUUCACUGAUAGUCUGGAAUUCUUGUUUUAAUGGUGGAGCGUCUAAUCGUUUCCUUCAAGACCUCCCUGCAGGUUUGCAGAAAUAAACCCGUCCACAGAUGAUGUUAUUUCUGCACAUGCAUGCAUGCAUGUCACAUAGUUUUCAUAGGAAAUGAUGAAAAUGUAAAUAAGGUAUCUCAAAUUCAAAUGACACUCUGAUUGAUGCAUGUUUUUUCUGAGGAUCUGUUACCAUAAUCUGCGUUUAGCCAGAGGCUGUCAAUCUCUCCUUGUAUUUAAAAACAUAGAAACAUAAAUUAAUUCUAGGUGAGGGUAUUUGUUCCAAACACUACAGGACUGAUGUUGUUUCUUGCAGAAUCUACUCUUGUCAUAUUUUGUUCUGAUUUUCUAUUUGGCUUCUUGUUGACGUCCAAGUGAAGUUAUGUAAAAGUUCAGUAAAGUGUGUGUGUGUGUGUGUGUGUGUGUGUGUGUGUGUGUGUGUGUGUGUGCUCAAAAACACAUGAGUGUAGAAGUGCAAGCCUGCACAGGUGAGUCCUGACACUAACAUGCCUUUUCCGUCUCGACCAAUCGUCAGCCAAGCUCCUGGCAUGACCAAAUAAGGGCAAAUGGGCCAAAGUAUGGGGUCAGGCUCUGAGAUGGGUGUGGUCUGUGGAGGGAGUGCAUUGUUCUCUGAAGGACCUGCAUCAGGACACUCACUCAGGCUCACAAACUUUAUACCAAAGCACAAACUUACUGUAAAUCUGAUCUCUUAACCUGCCUAAGACAUAUGCACACCUUUCUUCAUACACCUAAACUCACUCUCACAUAGUUAUCGUGAGAAGUUCAGACUUCUGAAUUAUUUAAACAUACUUUCUACAUCAAAGAUCCUGCACUUUUCUGAAAAGUUUAAAGACACUCUAAAAGGUGGCAUGAUUAAAGUGACAUUAUACCGUCUGAGACAAAAGCAGAUGAAGUAAAGGAUUAUACCAGCCAUGGAUAUAAGACCUAAAAGACCUGGAAUUAUGAGAGGAGUGUAAAGUGAUCCGUAACAAUGGGGUCCUUGACUGUUUGGAUCAAAAGCAAGGACGUCAUUGGUGUUCAGCAAGCUUGCAAAAAACCUCAGUGGAGGUGGCCAUCAGCAUUCCUUUCUCCCACUCCUUUCUCCACCAUGAAUGUGCCAUACUGGAGCGGGGUCAGACCUGUCCACAAACACAGGAUGUGACAAAAUGUCCUCUAAAGCUUUUAAUAGCUCUUAGUCUGCUGUUAACACAUCUAACUGGUCAUGAGGCUUAAAAAAGUCUGAAGAUGAGAUAGGAUUUUUCUGUUCUGGGAAAAGUAAGUAGAAGGGAGGAAGACUGGAAAAGAGGGAGGAUGAGAUAAAAGAAGAAACAAAUGUGAGUGUGAAGAGGUGGGAGAAAAAGUGGGACAUGAAUGAAACUCUUCACUGCAGCAGGAAAACUGUAUAUCUCAGAGUUCAGACACAGGGAAAUGAGGUGGGAAAAGCUAACUCAGGUCCAGUGAUGGACACACAUGAAGUACAUUUACUUCAGUCCUGUUCUGGAGUACAUUUUUGAGUAUCUGUAUUUGACUCAAGCAUCCUUUUCUCUCCACUCUGCUUAAAAGACAAACAUCCUGCUUUAACUGCAUUUAGACCAUAACUGUGUUAGUCCAGCCUGUGGUUUGUCUAAGUGGCGUUGCCGUACAUCUAUGUUGCACAUCUCCAAGGUUGGUCUUGGAGCAAAUAUCACUUAGAAUAGGUAGUUUAUUUGGUGGUGGUAAUGAUGGCUACAGCAGACAAAGAUAAUGAUUCUCCACCCAAACUUCUGAACACAUACUUGAUCAAAGCCAAAUGCAAAAUGUGUCAUCCAACCUGAGAAAGCGUUACAGAAUAUAAAGCUUAAUGUUUGCUUCAUUCCAAGGUGAAUAUCUUGAACCAGUUAAACUCUGCAUGUAGUGACUGGGUGUCAGGUCUUGAUUUGUGGUUGCUUAUUCCUGUUAUAAUACCUCUUUAGGAGCUGCAAACAUGGCAAUCUAUGGCAUGUUAGUUUAUAAUUAGUAAUUGAUCUCUUCUGUACUACACUGUAGAAUGCACAUCGAUGUGCUUUUGCAAUAUAAAGAUACAACAAUGGUUUAUGGUUGUUUGGAAAUUGAGUUUUAAUACUAAACUUUUUUGAAAGGCAAGCCCUUAAACUCAAGUGGUAAUUAAACUAAACAACUUUCACCUGUAGUGGAGAAACAUUUUACGUGGAGGAGCUUGGACUGAAGUAAUGACUGGUCCACCACUGCUUAGGAAAAACUGCAUAUUGAAGGACAACCUGCUUUCAGGACUGGCUUCAGAUGAAGCCACACAGCAAACCUAACUGGAGUCACAUCAAUUUCACUUCAGUUUUUCCUAUUAACUUUGAAUACUGCAGUCAAUUUACAGCGACCAACAG